UGUAGGCAGUAUGUUUUGUCUAUUAGUCAUUUGUACAUCCAGGGGAAUAACAAUACAUGCUGUAGAACAUAUCACACACUCCCCUCUCUGUUUCUGUGUGUGUGUGGUGGACGCAGCUCCAGACAGAUUCUCAGAGACAUUUUCGCCGGUUUUUGGUGACUGACUGUUUGAUGAGUGUGUGUGGGUCUCUAAACCUGGCUGCCUACUUUGUCUCCUCUGUUCCACACUCUCACCCACACACUGCACACACAUGUAGACACAUAAGUCCUGGUGCUUUUAUUACAGAGGAGAAACUUAAGCCAUGAACAAACAGCCUGCAGCCAGGCCCUUUCCUCUCCCCAGGAAUGACUUUUUCAUUAAAACAAAUCGCUCUCCCAACAAGCCCUCUCAUGACUGCGAACCCUGUGCCAGUCCCGCAGCAUACUUCCACAUGUAUUUAUGUUUUUUCUUCCUUUUUUUCCCAACUUCAUAGUUUUAUUGUCCUCCUGACAAUAGGGUUCGUGUUAGCAGGGAGCUUGGUGCUGGCUGAGGCAGGUCUGCUAACAGGCAAUGUGGUGUGAAUUAGGCAGAGGUGAGUGUACAUGCAGGCUCAGGAGAACGCAGCUUAAUGAUCGAGGUCUUAGGUUCAAGAUUUAUUUAAUUUUCUUAUUAAUGUUAACCUAAGCUUUACAGAAGUGUGUGUUGAAGGCUUUCAGUGUUGAGAUGCCUGUAAAUGUACAUUUAUGAGUUUGUCCUGGGCAGCGUCCAGAGUUUUGCACACCAAACUAAUGAUUUACCAACUCUGGUUGCAGCAUCAAAACUUAAAGAAACUGACUUAAGUGAUGCAUAUAAAACAUCUGGUUUAAUGCCCAGUGAAAAUAAAUAUACAUUUAAAUGGAUGUCACUUUUACAGCACAAGCUAUAGCAUUACAACUUCCAAAAAUCACAAUUUAAACUUGGAAAAAUACCAUAAUUACCUGCCAGUCCUUUGUAAAUGUUUGUUUUCUUUGAGGAGAAAUGACUGCGUUUCAGAGUUAGUGUUCAAGCAGUUCAGAAUACGCAGGAAAGAUCAGGUUAUGCAAACCUAGCUGACAUGUUUUGGUCAUUUACUUAUGUGUUAGUGACAUAAGUGGACAGAUUCACAAAGAACAGAUUGUGGCUGCUGAUCAAACCAGGAAUUGUGCAUCACUUGCAGCCACUAUCUGCCCUGUCUCUUGAUUCACAACAGAUAUCACACUAAUGAUAUUAAAGCACAAACAUGCCCAUAAAGUUUUGCAGCUGAGUGCAAUAUUUACCCUUCAUUUAGCGUGUGAUUGUAAUUAUCUGUGUGGGAAAGUAUCAAUGUUGCCUUUGCACCAAGAACACAGGAAACAGAAUAAUGACAGGGAGAAAAAAAAAGUUUCCAAACUUCAGGCAAGGAAUUUAAACAUAUUCGUAUUUGGGUCAGUGCUGGGCGUGACAAGUCUUUUAAAUGUGAUUCAGUUACCCUCAGUUCUCUGAUGACGCUCAUCGUUUCACUGUAACUGUGUGUGCCUGCAGAGCACUGCAGGGAUGAUGUUUUAUGUCAGCCAACGUGGAGGCUAACAUUGCCCUGGAUCCAAAAACAUGGGCUGCAGUCGGAAAGUCUUUUUUGCUUAGGAAGGUUCCUAGCUGAGUGAAAUGACCCGGAAGUAUUUUAGUGGCCGCCAUGAUAAGAGCUGUUCGAAUUCUCUAAACACUAAGGAAAGGAGGUUCAAUGCUUCCUUUCAGAUCUCCUUUAGCAUAGGAUACAUCGGACCUUCCUAAGCGAUAGGAAAGGAGAUAAUUUAAUCCCACAAUGCUUUGCAGGAGCAAUAUUUAAAGCGACCGACCAUUCACGGAGACAAACGAAUAAACCCGAAGAAGUAGGAGAAGAGGGAGAACGAAGAAGUGACGAAAGGUAAAGAAAAAGAACAACUGGCUCUCAACAUGACUGAAAAGUCACGGAGAUCACCAUGUAAGUCACCGUUACAUGAAGCUUUGCCCGUCUCAUGCCAUAACUUGAUAAUACGCGUAACGUUAUAAGUUCUCGACAAUAUGUUAAACCCAUGCGAACUAUAAACGUCACGCUACUGUUGUAACAUUACCCAAUUCAAGUUAAUAUUGUGGUGUCAGAUCUGCUCAGCGUGCAUUAAUCAUGUCACUAUUUGAGCGUUGUUGAAUCGCCAGCUUUUAGCAAUAUCAUUAAUUAAUUUUUCUUCAGUCACAGAUGCUGACAUCUCUGCACUCAUACGGGCACGUGUGCAGCUGGAGCACCUCUUCAGCGGGAGGCAGCCCUUUUUAGACUAUUAGGCAAAUGAAUUUCACCCAAACACUUUAGAAUAAAGCCUCCCACAUCUCUACCCUGCUCUUGUUACUUAUUCUUUUCUUUUUUUCUGUGUUGUUAUUGUCACUAAUAUAAUGGAAAAUCCAAUAAACACAAUUAAAAAAAUAAAAUACAAAUAAAAAAUAACUCCAAGGCACAAUCAUGUCAACAUUUCAAGGUGUUUUGUGUUCGUUUUUAAACUAUUGUAAGCAAAUGACAGAUGAUGAUUGAUUGGCAUAUUAACACAGAAGUUUGAAGAAAAAGGGAAAUGAAACGUUUUAUUUAGAUGAUGUUUUUAAUUCAACAUGUUUGCAACUUAAGAAUGAUAUGUAGCCUGCAGCAGUAGAUUUAUAAGCCUUACAUAUUUGCCUCUCUUGCAUACACUUGAGCAUUUGUCAUAAAUAAUCACAGUGAGUCAGGAGGAGGGUGAGUGUGAGCAACCCUUUUCAGUGUUUCAGUUUUGUGACUGCCUAUCUAUCUUUUUAAAUUCAAUUCAGACGCUGGUAAUUAAGUCAUAUUUUCAUAUCAUAUUCACUGUGCUGUCCACGUUUAUAUAGCCUGCAUGAAGCAACAUGGUAAGUAGGCAGAGUAUCUGAGAUGCGCUUUUUGUAGUCCAUCUUCGGUAAACUGUAGUUUCACCACGGCACGGUUGCCUACGUCACUGACAUCCGCCGUCGCAUGAUGACGUAGCCCAGCGGAAGUGCGGUUGGAUUCUCUCAGCUCCGCGGUUCUCUUUUCCUAAAUCCUUAUAAAUUCUCCUGCUCAUCUUUCCUUGACCUUGUGACGUUUCCCACCGAGGUCAAGGAAUAGUGAUUGGGAACAGAUGACAGGAGGGACUUUAGCGGAGCAGUGGACAAGAGUGUUUUUUGAAUUCAUUAGACGGACAGGUUUACACAGUAGAAUCUAAUCUCUGAUUCACACACCGGAGCAGAAGAUGGCGGCAAUGCACGUAAUACACUGGUUCCCAACCGUCGUUAAAAAAGAAGAAGAAGAAGCGGAGCAGUGUAGCGGUAAAGAAACCAUGCCCGGUGAAAUUGAAAAGACAUGCCGCCUCUGCAAAGUAAACCUAGUAGUUAAGGGGGUCAUAACACAUUCAAAACUUUUAUAUAGAUGCUCACAAGCGAAUGAGAGGUUAUUAACCGAACGCUUCAGAGAUGUCGGUGUCGUCCUCCCAUGUAGACCCGGCGUCUAUUCUGGGAGGAUCUGCAUGAAAUGUUUCAGACUGCUUGCCAGGGUUGAAGAAUCCCAAAACAUUUUAAAGAAAUGGCAGUCUGAGCAUAACGUGGUGGUCAAAGAAGAAGAGGAAGGCCAAAGCACAGAGAAGAGGGACGGUGACACGCCAACGGAGACGCCAAGGAAAAAGAAGCUGUGUCUCCCGGCAUCUCGUGUCAGCACGACAGAGGUGUACAUCAAUUACCCCAGUAAGGUAAACCCAGAGAGGUACAGAUGUGACGCUGACAUUAGUGGCGUGAUAAAUAAUCUGGCAAAGGGCAACUUCACCACGGCAGCCAGACUGAUGGUGCAACAUGAGAGUCUCAUGGACGCGCUCAAACCUGCAAUGGAGACAGUUAUUGACAAGGAGUGCCAGCGUCUUUGCCACCAAAGGGAGGGUUUCAUGCUGUGGAAGAGUUCCCCAGAAGAACUGAGGAAUUUCUCCUUACACAACCUUAGAAAGGAUUUGGAGCGGAUGGCACCAUUCAUGUUCUCUCUUAUCUGCACCAUAUCUGGAAUGCAACACAACCAUGCCUGUGCAGCUGCUGCCAUUGCCCUUCGAGGGAGGGAGAACCAUCUUUCAGCCUUUUCGUACUACAUCAACAGUGUACUGCAGUACGGUGGAGCCAAGAAAGCAGUCUUCGAACAACUAUGCAAGAUGGGGAUCACCACUACACAUGCCAGGGCUGUCCUCAAACAGCAUGCCAUGUCAACACUCUGUGGAGAAGAGCUACAAAAUCAAAGAGAAUCACGUUCCACUACCACAGCACAGGAGAGCAUAGGACAGCCGACUACUCCACAUCUCAGAGAUGCAAGCCUACUCAGUUGAGUGGGCGGGGUCUAUGGUCUGGAACCAGGCUAAUAUAUAAUCCCUACCACUGCCCAGAACGCCUCAAACAGGAGACGCCCAGGAAGAUAACGAUGCAAUGCCCGAACUACCUCAACUGACCCUUUCAACACGAAGGAGCAGCAGCUCUACUCCGAACUCACUCCGGAUGUCCGAGCUCCUCCCCCUAUCUCUAAGGCUCAGCCCAGACACCUUACUGGGGAAACUCAUUUCCACUGCUUGUAUCCGGGACCUCAUUCUUUCGGUCACUACCCAGAGCUCAUGACCAUAGGUGAGGGUUGGGACGUAGAUGGACCAGUAAAUCGAAAGCUUUGCCUCCUGGCUCAGCUCCCUCUUCACCACAAUGGGCCAGCACAGCGCCCGCAUCACUGCAGAUGCCGCGCCAAACCGCCGAUCCAUCCCAUGCUCCAUUCUACGCUCACUCGUGAACAAGACCCUGAGAUACUUGAUCUCCCUCACUUGGGGCAGUAACUCUCUCCCAGCCAGGGAGGGCUGGGUAUUUAUUUACUGAUGUAUUUUUUAAACCCACUGACUCUGAGACGAGGGAACUGAGAGCGCUAAAAUGCUAACACGUUUCCUAGUUUAAGGACUCAUUCAUGCAGCAUUCUCUCAGCACAGAUUUUUGUGAACUGGGCUGUUUUUGGAAUGAGGCUCAUUUGCUUUGAAAAAGGCCAGUUUGCACCAAAUAUGUUCAUACAACCUGCUUUAAAUGUGUGCAAACAGCACAGGAGCACUGAGAUGCUGUUUGCUUGGCAGAACAGUUAGAGGAGCAUUUCUUUGUGGGUGCUCUGAGUAUCACACAGUUUCUCUUUGUCUUAUUUAUGCAGUUUCAGCAGCUGGAAAAGCCUUUUGUGAAUUCGGCUCAAAGUUUUGUAAUUUGAGAUAUUUGUGUUACUUCUCUGAAAUGCAAUUUCAAAUCUUUGGUUACAUCAUUACUACACAGCAUUCAAAUAAAGUGUUGGGCCAGAUGUGUCGACCCUGUUCCACGUUACUCCUCUCUCUAGUUUAUCAUACUGUGUAUUAACUAUAUGCUAAACAACAACAACUAGUUUAAAUAGCCUCUACUUAGUAAACACUUGUGUUAUAAGUAGGUUAAGAUGUGUUUGUAUGGUCUUGUUUGUACCUAUAGAUGUAGAUUUUGGAGGGGAAGCAGGGGACAUGUCCCCCUUAAUAUUUCAAAUGUCCCCCACAAUAAAAACAUAAACAUUAUUUGACAAAAUGAAAGACAUUUACAUCGCAAAUUGAGCAGGAAAGGCAAAAAUUUGUGUGUAAAAAUUCACCAGAAUGGAAGAAUUUAAGUAUUUGACGCUUUAUAUUUUCUGGAGGAGGACCCCAAACCUCCCCCACAUUCAUAAGUAAUCUACGCCCCUGUGCGUACCUGUGCAUGAACAUAAUGUGACGUCAGUGGGAGCGCGCUCUGAGCUGCUGUGGCAGUAACUGCACUCCUGGGCAGGAGCGUUUGGCUGACUUAAAGCAGAGGAAAUGAACAAAAUCCUGCGUUCUAUCAAAGCUCCCUCUCCAGCAUCCAUCUUCAUCGCUGCACGACUCUACACUGAUUUCCUCAUUUGAACUGAAUCACAGGAUGCAUCAAGUUCACUCGAAACCUUUAUACGCCUCCUCCCCGCUGCUCCCC